UUAUUCUUUACAAAUUGUCACACUCAUGUACCACUGCUAAAGUGUCAAUUUGUAGGUUUUUGUGAAUGAGUUGUGUUGUAAUAUACCAAGUCUUUAAAUAUCAGUAUGUUUAGUCGGAAAAAAAUUGAGUUGUAGUGUGUUUUUUUGUUUGUUUGCUUAUAAUUAGUAUGAUUUGGGGGGUUCUUUGUCAUAAGAAAAUUAAUUUGUACUAGUAAGAGCAAGUAAACAUGUAAAUGAUGAUGGAAACGGAUGAUGGCAACCCGCAACUAUGGUGGAAGAAAGAAUGUACAGGUGUGUCCUUUUAAUAAUAGCUCGAACACAAUUAAACUGGCGGAACAAGUUUCAACAUCAGUCAUUAUUCAUUAUUCAUUCUGUAAUAAACCUUUAAAGUGUUUGUGCAAUGAAAGUAUCGGCAGAGGAGUAUGGGCGUUCACAAUCCUCAGGUUCUUGUUCAUAUGAACUGAAAGUGAUAGUAACAAUAUUGGAAAGGGAGACUGCAAGUGAGGAAGUAGCAGUAGACGCAUCCAGACCAGGCUUUGUCUCCACUGCCCAGGAUUCCAAUUAUGCCCCGUCUGAGACGAGAUGAGCGCAUUGUGGACAGAGACAUGGACAGAGAGUUGACCCUCAGAGCAAGCAGUCCGACCGAAGUGACGAGUCCUUGUCGCCAGAGGCAGAAACAGAAAGUUCAGAAACAACUCUCAGAGGAGGGAUCCAUGUUGGUUGAGGAUUCGGUCCCCAUCUCUCCGGAGCUGGCCAACUGGAUCAAACUAAACUCCAAAGGUCUCAAAAUCCGAAAGAAAGACCGCCAAUGGGCUUCAGAGGUGGUCAACGACUUCAGAGAAUGCCUGCUGAAAUUCCUGAGGAGCUGCACUAAAGAGCCCUUUUUCCAGUCGGCUGAAUUCCUCAACACUGGCAGCUACUUUGAGAAAGUCAAGAUCCACAGUCCAGAUGAGUUUGACAUGAUGCUGAAGCUUCAGUCUCCUGCACGUCUCGAUAUGAAGGAGCUCGACGGUGGCCUCUUUUACCAGCUUGACCUCGACCAUCAGCCUCGCGGCCCCAUUCAAGCCUUUCUGCUGGACAAUGAGCGAACCCUCUCAUCAAGCAAGAUCCUGAAGACGAUGUAUCGCCUGGUCCGACAGUUCCUCAAGACCUACAAAGUGCCGGAUGAACUCUGUCAUUGGGAGGUAAACCGGAAGCGUCCCACUUCACCAGCCGUGACUUUGUCUCUGUACAGAAGCGAGAACGUCGACGAGGAGCUCAUCUCCUUGGACUUGGUUCCUGCUCUGGAGAUUCACCCAUCUCAGGGCUGGCCAGCUGUGGUCCGUAAUGGUCCAGAUGUGAACAACUGGCUGGGGAAGAAGGUUCGCCUUGAGAUCAAAAGUCAGCCCUGUUACUUUGUCCCAAAGAGGAUGAAAGGACAAAACAUCAGUGAUGAAGCCAAAGAGAGCUGGAGGAUUUCUUUCUCUCACAUCGAGAAGAAAAUGAUGACAUAUCAUGGCAACACGAAAACCUGCUGCGAGAGCAACGCCACCAAAUGCUGCCGGAAGUCAUGUUUGAUGCUCCUCAAAUCUCUAAUUGAGGGUCUGAAACAGCGUUUUCCGAAAGAGCUCGAUGACCUCUGUUCGUACCACGGGAAGACCGCCUUCCUCCACACUCUGUCUGUCAGGUUCCACGACUCGAUGUGGGCUUGUGAGAAGCUGCCUGGCUGCUUCCUGUACCUGCUCGGGGAUCUGGAGGACCACGCGCGCAGAGGCUCUCUCCCUCACUUCUUCGUCCCUGAUUGCAACCUCUUCUCUCCGCUCCACUUCCCACGCCGGGCGCUGGCUUUCCUCGUCAACGCCUUGCUGGAGCAGAAGAGGGAGGGCCUGCCACUGCUGAAGCCUCCAGCCCCUGUCUCACCUCUGAAACUUAGAACCUCUCACUCUGAGGACUCAUCUGUGCUGACUGAGGAACAACCAACAAACUCACUCCUUUCACACUUGAAUAAACUUCCGAUUUUUAUUGUAGCAUUGGUUGUUGUCGUGUUUCUUAUUUAUGUGAAUAAAUAAGCACACGAAGCACACAAAUUCUAUAAAACCUGGUAACAAUAUUCAUCAUCUGUUAGUUUCCCUUGUUAAAGAGAAGAGUUUUGGCACUUUGUGACAAUACUUAAGAUUGACAUGUCUUUCUUUUGUAAAUCUAAUUUAUUGGUGAAAUUAUAAUUCUUUUUCUAUUGCAUUGCAUUGCAUUGUGUUUGAGUGUUCUGUGACAGUCUAUUAUCUAUUGAAGUUUUUAAUGCAUGUUGUCUUGUUUGUGUAAAAAAAGGGAAUUAUUGUCAACUACAUAUCAUCAGGCAAACACUUUUAUUUUUCAAUUCUGUGAAAUGUCACAAAUAUCGCGAAUGCAACAUCGCAAUGGAUUGUGGUAAUUUUGCGAUCAUAUCGCGAGAUGGGCUCAUUGGCUCAUUUGUCAUACAGUUACUGCAUUAGUAACUGUAACCUGCAUUAGCACCUCCCUUUUCUCCUGUGGUAUAAUAAUUUCGUUACAUUGUAAAUAUAUGCAAUAAAACAAAAUUGACUUGUA